UGGAACAUUAUAACAGGUAGAAAUUAUUAUAGAAUUGAUAAAUACCAUUUAUUUAUUAUUAUUAUUCUAGGUAAGACGCUUCUCGCCAAGGCUGUUGCAAACCAAACAUCUGCUACUUUCCUUAGAGUUGUUGGCUCUGAACUUAUACAAAAAUAUCUAGGAGACGGCCCUAAGUUGAUGUUAAAUCAAUUAGAUGGGUUCGACUCUCGUGGUGAUGUUAAAGUUAUCAUGGCGACAAACCGUAUUGAAACUCUGGACCCAGCUCUUAUUCGGCCAGGAAGGAUAGAUCGCAAGAUAGAAUUCCCCUUACCUGAUGAAAAGACUAAAAGGCGUAUCUUUGGUAUUCACACAAGCAAAAUGACCCUGGCUGAAAACGUCAACCUAGAAGAAUAUGUGCAAUCCAAAGAUGAACUUUCCGGAGCCGACAUCAAGGCUAUUUGCACGGAAGCCGGACUCUUGGCGUUAAGAGAACGACGAAUGAAGGUCACUGAUGAAGAUUUUAAAAAGGCCAAAGAGAAUGUUCUUUACAGGAAAAGUGAGGGAACACCAGAAGGCCUAUACUUAUAA